UUAGGAUGCAGUAUUACUGUGGUUUUUAACUGUGUUGUCUGCUUAUCUAUUAUAUAUAUUCUUUGAGUGUCUGUUUGAGGCUGACAUCUAGUGGAUGUUUUAUUUUCUGUGAACUUUAGACUUGCAGAGAAACCUGUUUUGUACACGUCACUAAAACACAGAACCAGGAAAUGGGAAUCACAUGAGUUCAGGGAAACUGAAACUGAAGUGUAGUUGAGCUGUUGUGUGUUUGUGUCUCUGUAUUCAUGCAGUAAAAUGGCAGAAGCCAGAUUUUCUCAGGAUGAGUUCCUGUGUCCAGUGUGUCUGGAUCUCCUGAAGGAUCCAGUGGCCAUUCCCUGUGGACACAGUUACUGUAAGAGCUGUAUUACAGACUGCUGGGAUCAGGAGGAUCAGAUGAGAGUCUACAGCUGCCCUCAGUGCAGACAGACCUUCAGUCCAAGACCUGCUUUAGCUAAAAACACCAUGCUGGCUGAAGUGGUGGAGAAACUGAAGAAGACUAAACUUCCUGCUGACUGUUACGCUGGAGCUGGAGAUGUGCAGUGUGACGUCUGUACUGGAAGAAAACACAAAGCCGUCAAGUCCUGUCUGGUGUGUCUGGAGUCUUACUGCCAAACUCAUUUUGACCGUCAUGAGGAAUUUCACUCACGUAAGCCACAUAAAGUGACUGAAGCCACUGGACGACUGCAGGAGAUGAUCUGCCAAACACAUGAUAAACUCCUUGAGGUUUUCUGCCGCACUGAUCAGAAGUGUAUAUGUGUGCUCUGUACGAUGGAUGAACAUAAAAACCACGACACUGUAUCAGCUGCAGCACAGAGGAAAGAGAAACAGCACCAGCUGAAGGAGACACAGAGGUUGUUCCAGCAGAGGAUCCAGCAGAGAAAGAAAGAUCUCCAGCAGCUGAGAGAGGCUGUGAAGUCUCAUAAGCGCUCUGCACAGACAGCAGUGGAGGACAGUGAGAGGAUCUUCACUGAGCUCAUCCGCUCCAUUGAGAGAAGCCGCUCUGAGGCCACACAGCGGAUCAGAGAUCAGGAAAAGACUGCAGUGAGUCGAGAUGAAGGACGACUGGAGCGACUGGAGCAGGAGAUCAAUGAUCUGAGGAGGAGAGACGCUGAGCUGGAGCAGCUUUCACACACACAGGAUCACAUCCAUUUCCUGCAGAGUUUCCAGUCUCUCUCAGCUCCUCCUGAAUCUACAGAUGUAAAUGACGAUCCCUUCAGUUCUCUCUCCUCUUUUGCUGUUGUGAGAGAAUCUGUCCAUCAGCUGAGAGACAAACUGGAGGCUUUCUGCAAAGAGGAGCUCAAGAAGAUCUCUGACAAAGUCACUUUCACCAACAUUGUUCCCAGGACCAGGAACGACUUCCUACAAUAUUCCCAUCAGUUCACUCUGGAUAUGAACACAGUGAAUAAAAACCUCCAUCUGUCUGAGAGGAACAGAGUGAUUACUUACACUAACACAGAGCAGCCGUAUCCUGAUCAUCCAGAUAGAUUUGAUUAUUGUAUUCAGGUGUUGUGUAGAGAGAGUGUGUGUGGACGCUGUUACUGGGAGAUUGAGUGGAGUGUUGGUGUGUUUAUAUCAGUGUCAUAUAAGAGCAUCAGCAGGAAGGGAGGGGGUAUUGAGUGUGUGUUUGGAUCUAAUGAUCAGUCCUGGAGUUUGAACUGCUCUUCCUCCAGUUCCUCAUUCAGACACAAUAAGAUAGUGACUGAACUCCCUGUAAAGUCCAUCAGCAGUAGAAUAGGAGUGUAUGUGGAUCACAGUGCAGGAACUCUGUCCUUCUACAGCGUCUCUGGAGACACAAUGAUCCUCAUCCACACAGUCCAGACCACAUUCACUCAACCGCUCUAUCCUGGGUUUUAUGUUUGUUAUGGAUCAUCAGUGAAACUGUGUUGAUUUAGAACUUCAAUCACCGAUGCCUGUGAGAUAUUUAUCUGGAACUGUCUGCAACUCAAGAGUCAUGCAGUGUGAAAUGUGUUUUGACUAGAAAUUACAUCAGUGAUGACCUACAGCCAAUGACAGAGCAAGAUACAGGGAAAGAGAUAGUUCAGAGGGAGUCAGAGACCUGCAGCUGAAAGCAUGACUUCUGCAAGCAACCAUCCUCUCCUUCAUAUUAGUAUUUUCUUUUUGUUGCAAAUCUGCGCACAGAAAACUUGGUUCACAAGAUUCUUGCAUGGAUCAUUUUAGCAAGAAGAAAUUCGGUCUCACGCAUGAACUCAUGUUAUUUCCUGUAUUAAUUCUCACAUGUUUGGUUAUGAAACUUAAUUUUCCAGACAGUUGUUGGUGAUUCUUCCUAUUCAAAUGUUGUGUAAUGUGUGCAUAACAGACACUAACUGACCCCAGACAGUCAUGUGUUGUGAGAAGAACAGUGAUCCAACGACUCUGAAGAUCAUGUAGUGUGUACCUGGUGUUAAAGUAACACUGAAACAAUGUUUCAGUUUAUGAGAUAAUUAAAUGAUUAAGGGAUGAUUGAGGAUUAGUGAAUCACUGCAGGAACGAGGAACAAUAAGAACAGAACAAAGAAAAGAGGUGAGCAGAAACACAACUAUAACUGACUUACACACACACAGCCUUAAUCAACGGAAGAUAAAAGAAGACAUUAAAUCUCUCAAGAUCUCAGCAGACGACUCCAAAAUCAGCAUUAUCAUCUUCACUCAUUACUAACCAGUUUGACUUUAUUUCUUUCAUACGUCUACAGAAGUUCUUCUUAAGAAUUAAUAAGUUUAGCUCUAGAUAUUUUUUUGGUUUAAUAAUGGUCAUUGUUAUGGUGAUUAGUGUUUCAUUUAAUUAAACUGUUGACGUCAAUUAAACUUAAUUUUCUAUUAACAAUUUCAAUAGAGUUUCACUGACACAUUACUUUUCACAUUGUUAAAGAAAGAGAAUAAAGAAGCAGAUCAGCUAAAGUUGCCUGCUAGUAUGAUUUUUAAAUAAAUGUCAAAGUGGUGACUUCCAGUUUUCAAUCGAAAUGUACUUUUUUAAUGAAUCCUCAGUUAUCUCAUUGACUGCUACACUGUUUAAGUGUUACUUUGACACUGUAGAAUGGAAGGGCUUGUAUAGACACUGAGCAGUCUUAAUUUACCACUGAGGAUUUUGCUGUAAGUCUUUUCUCAAACUCUAUUUGCUUUGAUGGAAAUCUCAUUUUGUUUUUAUUGUAAUGUCACAAAUAAUUGUAUUAAUAUCAAAGGUACCUUUGAAUUGAAAUUGAUCAUGCACAGAUUUCAUUAAAGAUUUGUCCUAUGUAUACACUAAA